UUUGCAGUUAGACUUGCAGCUGACAGAGAUAGACAAGAGAGAGAUAGCGGGGGAGGAAUGGAGAAAAGGGGGCAGCUUUAGGAGCCUGUUUCUGAGGCCUUGUAACACUGAGCGGACUGUAACUGGGACGAGUAGCUUUGAAUUUCUGUUGGUUGAGCUUAAAAUGGUCAUGUGAAGACUAAAAAGAGAAAAAAAAGGGGAGAAAUUUCACUUUUUGUUGCUACCACUGACAAUCGGCCUCCUACCAAAGUGCUUGAUGGCAGUUACGCAGGCUGUGCUGCCCUCCUUCAGCUCCUUCUCCAACCUCGCCCAAUCCAGUGACAGUAUGAAAGUGUGGAAGUCUGAGGCUGAAUCGCUCCUUCUGGAUCCUGUCGGCGACAAACCGUCGCCAGGCAGCUCUGAGCAGCUGCAGGUCUCUCAACAGAUAACAGAGGAGCUCCUGGACGAUGACAGCCGGGCAUCCUGGGACAUCGAGUUCCUGCUCUCUGAUUGGAGCAGCCCAUCACCCGACCUCAACCCCCCGCUGGACAACAGCGAUCAACGGCUCGCGGAGUUGGACCCGAACACAGUGUACCAAGAGGCGGACGCGUUUAAGGACCCACCUGGACCAGAGCAGAAUAUGCAGCUGAACACCGGCUGCCUCAUGGCGGAGCUUCUGGCCCCAGCUGAGACAACAACGCCAGUCCAGCCGGAGCUGUACCAGCAUGGUUAUAAAGAUGACCAAACUGGUCGGACGUCAUUUCCCAAUCUACCAAAUGUAGAUCAGUUUGGCUUUCCCCAAGGAGGCACUUACGAGAGGCACAGCAGAGGAAACCUCACUAAAGUCUCAUCCUGGGACUUUAACCCUUACUACGCACACCAACACCCCUCAAUGGUGACCUUCCCCGAUAGCAGGUUCAUACCGCCGCAAGCGGUGACCCCUGACCCGAGACACUACAGCUACAUACCACACUUUAACCACAACGCCAACCAUUUCUGCGAAUACCCCCACGGCCAGACCACUAGUCAACUGCCUCCUCACCAGCAGUCCAUGCUGGUUGCUCCACAGCUGCCCCCUGGUGGGAUGGAGGGGAGGCGAGGUCGAAGGGCAACUGGAAAAAAAAGGCCCGCCAUCCACAGCUGUGAAUACCCGGGCUGCAGCAAGACUUACACCAAGAGCUCACACCUCAAGGCUCAUCUCCGCACCCACACAGGGGAAAAGCCUUACCAAUGUUCAUGGGAAGGCUGCAGCUGGAAAUUUGCCCGCUCAGAUGAGCUGACGCGUCACUACCGCAAGCACACAGGCCAAAAACCCUACGAGUGUCUGCUGUGUCAGAGGGCCUUCUCCCGCUCCGACCACCUGGCUCUGCACAUGAAGAGACACACUUGAUGCGCUGGUGCCAAUACGAGAUGUUUGAACCGGUUGACAGCUAUUGUUUAACUUCAGACUACAAAUGUUAGAAAUGUAAGUAAUGGCAGUAGAGGCAACUGUGUCUUUGAGCUACUUACUUCAAGCAGCGACCAGAAGUGUGCUACAAAGUCUGGUAAGAUCACUUUUAUACACUUCGAAUACCACAUCUCCAGAUUAUUUUCAUUUUCAAGCUGACAUAAUUUAAGACAAUUCAUCAGACUUGACACAUGUCUGUCACAAACCACCAAAAGCGUUGUUUCCCAUGCUUGCAGUGUUACUCCCCAAUAAGGGCCUCCGUACACACUGUGGGUGUGAAGACAGGAAACAUCAACACUAACAACAGACCUACUAAAAUGUGAGUAAUACGGGUUAUAAAACUACAUAGAAUAUACAUCCUCUAGGAUCUCAUGGCCCGCUGAACAAAGACUGCUCAGUUACAAUGCUUAGCUGUAUUAAUGCUGAGAUGAUCUGAUAUCGUUGUCUGAUUUCCCUGAGAACCUUUGGUGAUUGAUUGUAAUACAAAGCAAACAAACAAAGAUUAUGUAUUUGUUAAACCAUGUGAUUGUAAAGUAAAUCGGAGAUCAUCAAACUUUAUGCUUGUCUUUUUGUUUUAGUUUUUUUUUAUUUAAUAAAAACGUAUAUGCUUUUGUGUUUUGUAUCCAGCAGAGUUUAAAACUGUAAAUAAUCAUCAUCUUUAUUUGUACUUUAUAUUACAUGUCAGCAAUGUAUUUAUUGAAGUAAUAUUUCAUAUGAAACUACUAUAUUAUUUUACAGUUUUUUUUAUAAAGGAGUGCUGUCUUUCAUCAUUUCAAUGUCUUUCAUUUAUUGUUUUCAUUGUCAUUAUUCUAAUAAAGAUGUCUAAUGCUGUAAAAUAGUCUCAGAGUGCAACAUGAUUGAUUCAGGCAUCCGAUCUUACCAUCAUCCCACUUAACUUUUGAAGUGCUUUACAAACACAUGCAUUUGUCCUGCAUGAAGCAAAAUAAAACAUUUAU